GCCAUCUUUUAAGGCAGACGGACGUCAAAUCGUGCCGUCGUCGUACGGUAGUGUUUGACGAGUGCAAUAUAUUGUAAAAAAAGCUGUUUAAUCCAAAGAUUAAUGAAUAAUAACAGAAGUAAAUACUUAUGAGUCAAUGUUUAAGUAAGAAUAAGUGCGUGAUUGCCAAGACAGACGGUUAAAGACUUUAAUUAAGGAUAAAAAAGUGAACUUUCGUAAGGAUUAAGCGUAUGAGUGGAGGACGAAAGAUACAUUAUCACGUAUUCAUCGUUAUACAAUUCAUCAAAUACGACUAUAUAAGUGGUAAUUUUAUUUUGAGGCCAUCUGAUUGAGCUGAUUGUACAAAGUAGCAAGGAUUCCUACGGGAAAAAUUAAUAGAUAUAAUAAUUGAAGACGAUAGGAGUUAUCAGGGUGGUGGACGGCCUCUCUUCGGCGCGCGAGUUGACUCUCGGCGGUCGGCUUCGAUUUUCUCCGGGCGCGACGAUGAGUUGCCAAAGAAACGCUGGCAAGAUCACGGUGCCCGACGAUCUAAGGAAUAUUCUUCUUGAGUUUACUAUCAGUUAUCUCCUAGAACAACCAGCGGAUAUUAUCGAUUAUGCUGUUGAUUUUUUCACAAAAUUACGGGAUAAUCAACAAAGUAUGUUGAUCCAGUCGAACGCUACGUGUUCAUCAACACCAGACGAGACCGUAGAAGAAGAGCCGCCCGUGGGCAGAUUUGCUAGUAGAAGGAAAAGCGUUUUUACUGAAACCUACAAUCCAGAAGAGGAUGAAGAGGACGAGGGCGUUAAGAUAGUACAUCCGAAAAGUGAUGAACAACGGCAGAGGCUGAGUGACAGCGUCAAAAAUAUCAUUCUAUUCCGCACUCUCGAUAAGGAACAAAUGGCAGAUGUUUUGGAUGCUAUGUUUGAAAAGAUUGUCGAACCAGGAGAUUAUAUUAUCCGCCAAGGUGACGAUGGCGAUAAUUUUUAUGUGAUUGAAAGAGGAAAGUUCGAAGUCUACGUACAAAACCAAGCAAAAGUUGAUACUCUUAUUCAUACGUACGACAAUGGAGGAGCCUUUGGAGAAUUGGCACUCCUUUACAACAUGCCACGUGCUGCGACUGUUAAAGCUGUAACGAAGGGCACAUUGUGGGCUAUGGAUAGACAAACAUUCCGACGUAUUCUUCUCAAGUCCGCGUAUAAGAAAUGUAAAAUGUAUGAGAAUCUCAUCAAUAACGUUCCUAUGUUAAAAUCUCUAGAGCCUUACGAGCGUAUGAGUCUUGCUGACGCACUUGUUCCUCGCCGUUUCUCUGACGGACAACAGAUAAUACGUCAAGGUGAUACAGCUGAUGGGAUGUAUUUUGUAGAAGAAGGUGUCGUGAGAAUCACUAUCAUCGGAGAUAAUGGACGAGAAGUUGAAAUCAAUCGUGUAUCCGCGGGUGGUUAUCUAGGUGAACUGGCUCUAGUCACACAUAAGCCUCGAGCUGCUUCAGCAUACGCAGUAGGAAAUGUCAAGCUAGCCUUUUUGGACGUAGAAGCUUUUGAGCGGCUUCUAGGACCAUGUAUGGAGUUGAUGAAACGAAAUUUCGAUGAUUACGAGGAUCAGUUAAUCAAGAUUUUUGGCAGUAAAACUGAAAUCUCGGACAUUCGAUGAAUAUCCUGUCGACUAUUGAACGUAGCGUCCUUGUAUGGUAAUUUCUACGAUAUGCUGACGCUCCAUUCAAGUACUAUUUCUUCAACACCUGCUUGGAAAACUGCAAUCAUUGUAUUUUAAGCAUUUUUUUGUCCUUCAAAAAUAUCACUCGCAGCCUCCAUUUUCAAAAAUACCAAAAACACAUAUAUAUUUAUUAUGUGGAGAUUAAAUCAGUAAAUAACUAAAUUUAUACCUUUAAACUAAAAUUCAAGUACAAUAGCUUUCAUACUAUAAUAUGAAGGCAUACCGAGGAAAGUUGAUUUCAAAAAGAAGGUAUCUUGUGAGACUGUAACGGAUUGGAAAGUAUUACAAUUUUAUUAUGUAUAUGAAUUAAUUAAUCUUGCGUGCAAUAACUAAAAAAAUUAAUAGAGCACGAAGAUUGUGAGAAUACUUGAGAAUGUGCCGAUUGUUUUUCCACAUACUUUCUCAAACUUAACAUAUUACUAUGACCAAAAAAUUUAUUUAGCAAAUUCAAGUCUUUCGUCUGUCUCUUUCUAUUAUAUCAAUGAUCUGAUAAUAAGAGGCAUUCAUUAGUAGAUUAAUUACUUCGAUGUUUCUCAUUCGCUCACUGUUCCCGUUAAUUCAGUGAGAAUAAUAAGACAAACUCCCCACUCAUAUAGAUUAAAUAAAACAUGAAGAGAAGAAGAGAACAAAGGGAGCCAGUAGAAAUUAAUAAAACUUUGCACCAACCGGACGUUAUUGAUUUAUAAAGAUUGAAAGAAAUAUGAAUGCUUAAUAAAAAAAAUAAAAUAAAAAAAAAAACAUUGAAACGUGGAAUUUAAAUUACUGUCAUAGAUGUUUGUAGAAAAUAAUGACAUAUAUGGAAUUAUUGAAAUAUAACAAAAAGUCACUCACGAAAUAGUCCAAAAAAAUCACAUAUAAACGUAUCAUUGAUUUUCAAUGUACAAUUUAUUAAAAAUAUCCAGGUGCAAUAGUCAAUGUAUCGUUUUUUCAAACAUUCACUUGUACACAGCAGGAUAUUUAUACACACUGUACGUAUUAGAAGAGCGAAUCUCGUCAAUUUAUAUAUUACUAUUAUUAUUUUUUAUAAAUAUUAAUCAUAUUGGUUUGGGAAAUGAAAUUUUGCUUAAUGAAGAAUUAUCUGGCUAAAAAGUUUUUCAUUUUUAAAGUAUAUUGUAUUAUUGUUAAUAUAAUAUCCAUUGAAACAUUCAUUUUCGCUUUAAAGAGUAUAAUUCUGUGAAUAAAUAUAAAAAAUUUAUUUACCAAACCAAUAUAAUUAAUUUUCCCAUGGCAAUUAUUAUCUAUAUACCUCGCGUGUCGCUUCAAUAGACUAAAAUGGUUUGUAAAAUUUAAUUUCCGCUUAAUUCAAAUGCACAUAAAUUUAAUUAACGAAGUACAUUGAUGUUGGAUUUGUGAUUAAAUUUAAAUUCGCUCUUACAUUUGAUAAAUGCCAGAUUUCAAUCUUAUUUAAUAUCAUUGAUCUUGGCAAACUACAGUUUAUUAUUUAAAACAAAAAAAAAAGAAAUACGUAGUGUGUAUGCGUUAAAAAUGGUGUCAUAGAAUAUUGUAUUAUUUUUAUACCGAUUGUAUCCAAUCGAUUCACCAAAAAGGGUAAACCACAUUAAUUAAUACCUCAAACAAAAUUUAGAUGAUUAAACAUCUGGAGUGUAUGUUUAUAUGUUAAGUGAGCCUGGAAUUGUUCAAGUAACUGCCCUUUUUUAUCAUUUUUAAUUUUUAUUUAAAAAUAUUCAAUUGAUGUUCUUCCGAAUUCAAAAUAAAAAACUGCUAAGGUGCGAUAAUGGUAUUUUCUGAGCUGUAAAUCAGUUAACAUCAUCGACAAUUAUAAAAUAGCGUGCUAUUAACGAUAAAACGUCGGAGGAUUAAUGAAAAAAAAAAUCCAAUAGUAUUACAAGUACUUUACCUUGACAUCAGGGCAUUGUUCUAGUAGUAAUAUACAGAGCAAUCGCAACAUGCACGCGCUGAAUCUUUGAUUUAUAUUAUCAUAAACUUUUAUGAUACCCGUUUAUAUUUGUGUGAUACUACAAAUUUUAAUAUUACGUUAAUGUAUUAAUACUAAUUGUUGUUAGUAUUUAUUAUUAUUAAAAUUUAUUACAAUUAUUAAUAAUAUCAUUAAUAACUCUUAAUCAUUAUGAAUGUAAAAAGGGUUUCUAGAGGCCAUUACAAAUUUUAUUAUGAGGCAGAAAAGUUAUUGAGUUUCUUCUGCUAUAAUCUUGUUUACUUUUAAAAGAGUGAAAGAAUCUAAAAAAAAUUCUACAUGAAAUCGAUAGUAAAUAUAAUGAAUGUUUGAAUUAUUUAAAAAAAAAGAGAUGAAAUAAAAGAAAAAUUACGCAAUGUUAUAGAUUAUGUAUGUGUCAUUGUAAUGACAUUUUAUUUCAUAUGAAUAGAGAAUAAGAGCUUCCGUCGAGACGAUUGGAAUUAAAGUCACGUAAAGUAUCUUAGUCAAUCUAUUCUAUUCGAAACAAUAGGACUUGGAGUAUUAUGUAUAGAAUCAUUAAAUUGACUAUUUCUUACGAAUUGAAUGACGCGGAUGUCAGAGAUAUAAAAAUUUGAGUGAAAAAUGGAAAAAAAGGAAUAAAUUAAUAAUGAGUGUUAAAAUAAGAAAGCAAUAUUCAUAAUAUUAUUAAAGUCUCGAUAUUCUUUCAAGACUGUAGUCAUUAUAUUUAUUCUAUUGAUUGAUUGAUUGAUGGCUUGAUAAAAGAAAUGUUGCGAUGACUUUAUUAACAUUUUACUCUGGUGGUUACUCUAUUGAUAGCAUAAUUAAAUGUGUGAAUCUCCGUCUAUAAAAAAAUGCUGAGAAGAAUAAUAUUCUGAAUGAGUGUAAAAAAUUUUUAACUGAGUUCAUCUUACCAAUUAUUUCUUCAAUUACAUAAUUAUUUAUUAGUCAAGUGUGUUAUAAGUUGUUGCUUGUAUGUAAAUUUUGGUCUUAUCUUUAGAUAGUGUUAUAAAAAUAUAUGUUAAAAAUAUUUUACCAAUGGAAGAAAUUUUUUUCUCAGCGAAAUGGUAGAGAAAAAUAUUGAUACAUAUGGUUAUUAAAUGAAAAAAUGAUAAAUUAUAGUACUUAGCCUUUGGUUGACUUAGGGUACAAGUACAUUGAUGUCUUCGUCCAUUAUAAGCACGCGUAUGUUUUGUUGAAGUAAAUGUAAAUUAUUAAACUAUAUUGUGAAUGUUUUGUUGCUUUGUAAGAUUGUGUAUUUAAUUAUUCAUUCACGCACAUCAGUCGCGCUUAAAAAGGCAUAAUAAUAAUAAACAUUGAAAUGUACACCUAAAUGAAGUAGAAGAUCAAAGAAAAUAAUGUAUAAAAAAGAAAAAAAAA